GCAUAAAACCAAAGACAUAUUCAUAAAUAAAAAAAAACUUUUUUCCAUAUCAGGAAAUGCAGCAAACGUUUCAGUUUAUUUGAUUGGUGAACAAAUUACUUGUGUGCUACCACAACGUAACGCAUUACUGAUCGUUCAAGCGAACAAUGUAUAUCAGCUUAAUAAAAUAGGCCCAGCAUUAGAGGACGGCGGCACGCCACAAGCAUACAAGGCUCCGUCCAGAAUGAUCGGCUGUUGUUGCAGCUGAGCAGCAAUAAAUAUGCAACUGCUGAGUAUCGCAACAGCUGUAACGAGAACCAAACUACGACUAUAACUGUGGGAAAUCGGUACAACUGUAAUUAGAGCUUCGCUAAAGCUGUAACUACAGAGCAUCAUAACUGCUGUAGCAACAGAUAGCCACAGCUGCAACAUCUUCAGAGACCCUCAACAUCUGUAAAAUUUAGAGCAACAUAACAGCCGUAACUGGGAGCGGGAGGAGCUACCAAGGAAACAAUAACAGCCAAUGACUUCCUGAACGCCAAACAAAUUCGAUUUACAGACAGGAUUACACAAUAAGCCGUGAUUUAGGCGAAUAAUAAUUGAUUCAGGCCUUUGAAAAUAUAGUGAAAAAUUUCCAAAUUAGAUAGGCGCUCGAGUGUUCUGACAAGCUUGAACACUGAAGAACACUUGUGGGCAAGGUUGGAAUAAGGGAAGGGUGAGGCAAGAGGCAGAGGGAAUUUUUUCUUUGCUGAAUCUGGAAUAGAGCCAAGAUUUUCGUUUUUAUCCCGUGUUUGAAACGGUACGUGCCGCUAAAAUAUUGGGGAUCGCUCACAAAAACAGUUCGGACAGUCGACGAAAAUUGGACAAAGUGGUCAAUAAAAUCAGCUGCUUGGGCUGACCGAAAAAAACGGCCCAGAGUCUAUUGUUUCUUGCGACUGGCGAGGGCAGUGAUAUUUAUUUGUAUUUGUUCAUUGCUCGAGUGCAGAAUAAUAAAAACGUGAUCCAAAAUCAAUUAAAAAUUUGUGUAAUACUGUACAAUAGCUGAGAAAAAAAGAUGAUCCAAAUUAUAUGAAACAAAGAAAAUUGUCUUCGAAUUCAUGGAGUACAGAAGCCAUAACAAGAGUGUCCAUAAAAGCAAGAAAUACAGUCAACAAAACUGAGGAAGUCCUUUCAUAAAAGCCUUUAAUGGCGACCGGAGAGCGAAGACGCCCACAAUAAAACACUGUGCCGCCUAGCAGAUGUGUCCUAAAGAGGAAUUUCUGAGGCAGUACAUCACGCCUGCAGUAAAAACCUUCAUUUCAGCUACAAACUUCGCUUCUUAAAACGAAGUCAUAGCAAGAACAAGUGUCCGAGGUCAUGUUGAGUUUGACGACGAUUUUUUAUGAGGAUGUUAAUCGUAAUUAUUUUCCUUAAAAAAAUUUCUUUCUCUAAUUUUACUUGAAUAUUAACUGAUGGAAGACUUGCAAAACAAAUCGUACCAGAAUAAAUAAUCUAUAAACAACAAGAACACAUAAUUGCUAAAGUAAUAUCUUCAGCGUUUUAUUAGAUAAAUUAAAUUCGAAUAGCCCAGCUGUGAGUGGAGUCUCAAUAGUUCGUGAUGCAGUGAAAGUGUUAGCGAAGAAAAUAGCAGGGUAAGCUGGAGAAAAGCUCUUAAUGCUAACCACACUUCACGGAAAAUGCAGAGGAAAUCUAGAGAUAAAAUGGGUCUAUGGAUAAAAAUUCCCUAAAUUGGAAAUAUCUACAAAUACAAACAAUUCAGGAAUAACUGCAUGAGUUUUUCGUGAUACUAGAAAGAAAAUUGUGCUAGUUCAAAAGCAAAAAAAAAAAAAUAGAAAAGAUAAAAGAAGCCUCCGAAUUACCGUGUCACAGUUUAUCUACAACGCCAGUGAUUGCUCAUCAUUGCGUGAUGCGUUAAAAUCGAAUUCAAACUCUCCAGAAUUCGUACUUAUGUGUAAACUUUUGCCAUCUACAGGUCAUUAAGAUUCCUGACCCAGCCAACGUCUGCCCCAUGAUUCCUGACUUGAAUUCUAACCCAAAUGUGCAAUGGGCCUUGCCGCCCAGCAUCACGCAGUAUCUUCCUCUAAUCCCCACUUUAGAUACACGGAGUUACUCAAGAUUACAUCGCAAGUAUAUAUUUGGGCGGCAGUUGCACUCAUAUUAAUAUUCAUACAUGACGCUCGGUGCAUGCAAAUGCCGUCAUAACGCUUGCCUUGAGCUCUACAGCCGAGCGCCAGCCAUCCUGCCUGCACUUGUAGCAACUGCCUCUACGCUUACACUUCUAGAUCGUAAUACGUAACAGACUAACUGUGUUGCCUGAUUUCAUCGUACAUUGUGAGCUAUUUUUUAAGGAAAGUAUAACAAGUUAUGUGUACCUCGUUUGAGAUCAGCUUGUGUUAAAUAUCUUUGUGUGUCAGUGCAAUGGUGGGAAAUUUUGUGGAAAAUUUUUCGGAAAUCAUAUCAAAAUCAUAAGCGGCCUCAUAUAUGUGAGAAAAAAUACUCAUAAAAUAUAUUAUGGUAAAGAUUUUUGAUCAAGUUUUAAUUAUGCAUAGGUUAUUUGCUGACAUUGCAAAUGAAACCGACUCUGAAAAUUUACUCUUGAUGUAUGAUGGAGUAACAUUAACCGGUUGACGUAUCAUGUUAUCGGUUAUGUUAUUGUCUGCUUAAGGAGACUAACGCAUGCAAUCUUUUGUUAGCUUUUUUCUCCAUCAAGUUUACUCUCAAGAUCCCAUCAACGCGUCCCGAUCAAGAAGGUCUCGACUUACGCGUGACAAUUUGUAUUUAUCCGGCAUUUGGACGGACCAGAUCCGGAAGGAAUCCGUUGCCGAAGCCAUUUAGAAGUUGUCGAAGAAAUCUGUCAUUUAGGAACAUGGCUUUCCGACCUUUCUCAGUUCCAGGGACUCGAGAACGACUACAGAAGUCAGAUUGUAACGAAUCAAGAAGGUUUGAAGACGAGAAUUUCUUAGAAUUUAGUGAGUUUGAGGAGAAUUUUGGAAAACCUCGACCGUGCUCUAACGUUGUCCGGAAGAUAGAUCAGGAUAUUUGGUCGCGCUCCCCUCAAGUUAAAACUCGACGAGUAAAUAGAGUGCUUAAGAGGCUAGGACCUCUGGGUGAAGGGAACCUUUCAUUUGGAGACCUGAGGAGGAAUGGCGACAUCGAGAGUAGUCCCCAAUCUGCCAAAGCGGCCAUGAUCACGAAAUACGCGUCCGGGUACCCUCGAGAAACUCCUUCUUUACGAGACAAAAGAAUCCCGGUCCUCUUUCUUGCAUCCGGAAUCGUUACUACAGACGAGCAAGAGCCUCAGAUGCGGACACUGAAUCGAUCUGGACAGAACUGCUCGAUACCGUGUAGCCCGUUUAACCUCAGCGAUAAUUGCCAAAAAGAGAUGUGUGAGCAAACUGGAAAUAAGAUGUGCUUGACUCGCCCCUCUGGGUUCUUAUCUUCUGCUCUUUCCGUUUCGGGGAAGCAGAAAACAGGAAAGAGAGAGCGACAACUUGGGGAGAACUUUGAAGAAAUGAGUGACAACGAAUGUGCAGUUGAAAGAACAGAGAGUGUUUGCAAUUCAUCUAAGAUCUCAAACAAACUUGAACUCGAUCAUAAACUCAAUUCUUCUUGGUACCAUUUAGUUAAAUUAAGAUCGUGCAUUAUAUGGUAUUUCGUAUUAUUUAUGUUAUGCUGUAAACCAAGUUUAGGAUUUUGUCCGAGUGGUUGUAUGUGUGACAACGUUCAACUCGCAGUACAAUGUCUCAGUGGGCGCAUGGACGUCGUGCCCAUCUUGCUCAAUCCAGGAACAAUUCACCUGGACCUCUCACACAACAAAAUCAAAACAAUUCAGCCCGGGUUUGCGUUCUAUCACGAACUGCAAGUGCUCAACGUUUCUUAUAAUGAGAUCGUGGCGUUAGGUGAGAGCAGCUUUACGUCCCAGGCUGCACUGGCUGUCUUAGUAAUUAAGAACAAUAAAAUCUCAAAAUUAGAUAGUAAAACAUUUGUAGGUUUAUCUUCACUCGAGGAGUUAGAUGCUAGCAAUAAUUAUAUCGAAUUAAUUCAUAACCAUACGUUUAGAACUCUUAAAAACCUCAGUAAGAUAAAUCUCUCAGGUAACAAGAUAAGAGAUUUGAGCAACGAUGUUUUUACUAACUUGACGAAUUUGAGGACACUCGAUUUAUGCAGGAAUUUUUUGAGAGAAAUUCCAUCAAAUUUGUUCGAUCCUUUGAUCAAUUUAAAGGAGCUCUACUUGUGCUCCAACGAGAUCACAGUGUUGCGAGACUACAGCUUUGGGAUGUCACGCCGACUGAAACUUUUAUCUCUCCAAGGCAAUAAGAUCGAGAGUAUAAGCGAGGCGGCGUUUGAAGGAUUGGACAAUUUGGUGGAGUUGACUUUGUACGGUAAUAUGCUCUCAUAUAUUCCCGGCACUCAGAUGAGCCUCAUUCCAAGUUUAGAGAACCUAGAUCUUAGUCUAAACCUAAUCUCGUACAUCCCGGCCAAUUCCUUCACGUCUCUCGCCAGAUUGAAAAGCUUAUCCAUUUCUCAAUGCUCAACUCUGAGUCGCAUUGAUUUAAAAGCCUUCGAUACUUUGUCAAGUUUGACGUCGCUGGAAUUGAACUUCAGCCCGAUGCUGGUGGAUUUCCAAAUUGAGAUCCUUAGGCCGCUGUCGGAUCUCAGAAGAUUAAUUUUGAGGGGCAACGGAAUCAGAACUUUGUCAAAGGCUUUGCUUGACAUCGGCAACUUGCACUACAUUGACGUGCGUGACAAUGAAUUUGAUUGCGAGUGUUCAAUGAAAUGGUUUCCAGAUGCCAGGCGUAACACGAGCCUGAACAUCGAAAUAGAAGACGUAAUUUGUGCCACGCCGGAGUCAUUGAAGGGUAAGAGCAUCUCCACCUUAACGGACUACGAACUUCGAUGUUACGGUCACCUUAUCACCAUAGCCAUAAGCGCCGCCAUUACCCUCACUGUAAUGUUGCUCCUUGUCAUCGCUUUCGUAAUUUACUACAAGAACUGCAGGAAGAUGAAGACGUUGGUGCACGAUAACUGGCCUGAUAAGAUCGUGACCACUUGGCGUGACACAGACUAUCAGAAGCAAGUCGAGGACGACGAGUAUACAUUUCAUUCCCUGCGUGGGGUGCACCACAUCCCCGUGACGGUUAUAUGA